AUGGGCGCCCGCAAUCUCAUUCCCCUCAUCCUCCUCCUCGUCUUUGUCGGCGUCAUUGCCGCGGUCGGAUUCGUCGUCUACAGCAUCGUCCAGGAUGUAGGCAAAAGCACGCGCGAAAAGAUGGAGCGCAAGAAUAUUGCUUUCACAAAGGAUGGCAUGAAAGUGCAAGUAAGGGAGGUCAAGGAUGAGGCCUACAAGGACCGGACCCAGAGCGUCCUGUACAACAUGUGGAACCACACUUCCUUCCCCGCUUACAAGAGCCGGCUGUGGGAUAUGACUGGCUCGUCUUCGGAGCAGAAGGAUGAUGAGAAACGCAAGUAG